CCAAGAAGAAAAAUAAUAACAUAUUAAAAAAAAAAAGCAGAUAGAAUUAUAGAAAAUUCUACCUCCAUUUUCUCUCGUCCAAACAAAUAUUUUUCUUGUUUUCCUGUACCUCCAGCUUCACCAAUUGCGGCAAUCAAAAUGGGAGUACAAGAGACUGACCCGCUCGCUCAAUUGACCUUACCACCGGGUUUUCGGUUCUACCCAACCGAUGAGGAGCUUCUAGUGCAGUACUUGUGUCGGAAAGUUGCUGGUCAUCAAUUCUCUCUGCAAAUCAUUGCUGAAAUUGAUUUGUACAAGUUUGAUCCAUGGGUCUUACCAAGCAAGGCAAUUUUCGGUGAGAAAGAAUGGUACUUUUUUAGUCCUAGAGACCGCAAGUAUCCAAACGGGUCCCGACCCAAUCGUGUUGCUGGAUCUGGGUACUGGAAAGCCACCGGUACCGAUAAAAUCAUCACCACGGAGGGGCGUAAAGUUGGUAUCAAGAAAGCUUUAGUCUUCUACGUUGGAAAGGCACCAAAAGGGACCAAAACGAAUUGGAUCAUGCACGAGUACCGCCUUUUAGAAUCCUCUCGCAAGCAUGGAAGCACUAAGCUUGAUGAUUGGGUUCUCUGUCGGAUUUAUAAGAAGAAUACGGGUUCCCAAAAGUUCAUCUCAAGCGUUCCAAGCAAAGAACAUAGCCACAAUGGAUCUUCUUCUUCCUCCUCUUCUCACCUCGAUGAUGUUUUGGAUUCGUUGCCCGAGAUUGAUGACCGAUUCUUUGCUUUUCCUGGCACCAACCCGAUAAGAACAACGCAACCCCCUGAAGAGAAAAUCAACUUCAACAGUAUGUGUUUUGGUAAUUUUGAUUGGGCGAGUCUUGCCGGGUUUAACUCGGUUCCAGAAAUCAUUCAGAGCGGGCAACCUCAGGCUCAAACUCGAGGGAUGAUGGAUUACGCGAAUAACAACGGCGACUUGGAUGUCCCUUCGUUGCCGCCGCAUGUAGGACACGUGGAUUCGAAGUUGGGCCACAGCACCGUUGAAGAGGAGGUUCAAAGCGGUGCAAGAGCUCACAGAGUUGACAACUCUGGGUUAUUUCUACAAAAUGCAAACCCAUCGACUCGGAACUUCUCUAGCUCGCUUGACCCGUAUGGAUUCAGGUACUGGACCCAAGCGGGUAGUGGGUUCGGGUUUAGACAAAAUUAGAGCAGAAUGCAGGAGUGCAUUUCCAAUUUUUUUUCUGUACAGAGAAGAAGAGUGCAUUUUCUGUAAAUAUGUACCAUUCUUUGGGGAUAUGUUUUGGAUUUAGAUUCCAAAAAUGUAAGGAAGAGGGGAGUUGAUAGGGGCCUUUUCUUUUCCGGGGAGCAUAUGUUUACAACAGAAUAAUUUAGUCAGAAAAUUAAAUUAAUGAAGUAAUUUGAAACCUA